AUAACUUUGGGACAGCUUCUUUUCCCUAUACUUCUUUCCGGAAAUGAAACUGUCCGUCCUUCCUUCUUUCUAGAGCUCAGCCGCGUUCUUCAGUGAUCCCCAGCUUCCAUGUUUCGCUACGAUUUCAUGGAUAAAACAUUGCUACUUUUGCUAGUGAUUACAGUUUGCGUUUUCUCUUCCUCGGCCCAACUCUCGGUUGGCUUCUACGGCAGGACCUGCCCGCGAGUGGAAUCCAUCGUCAAGCGAGUAGCUCUCGACAAAUUUAAGCAAGCACCAACAUCUGCCGCUGCCACAGUCCGUCUCUUCUUCCACGACUGCUUCGUCGAGGGGUGUGAUGCUUCCGUGACCUUAGCAUCCACGCCGGCAAACAGAGCCGAGAAGGACGCGGACAUCAACAAAUCCCUGGCCGGAGACGCGUUUGAUUCGGUGAUGAAAGCCAAGAAAGCCGUGGAAGCCGAGUGCCCGGGAGUGGUCUCUUGCGCCGAUGUUCUCGCCAUACUAACGCGCGACUUUGUUGGCCUGACUGGAGGACCAACAUGGCAAGUGAAGAAAGGAAGACGCGACGGGAGAAUCUCCAGAGCGGAAGCCGCCACCGCCAAUCUCCCCGGCGCGGAAUUCUCCGUAAACCAACUUCUCAAAAACUUUGCGACCAAGGGUCUCAAUCUCGUCGACCUGGUGUCACUCUCAGGAGCUCACACAUUUGGCUUUGCACACUGCGAUCAAUUCAGCAGCCGGCUCUACAACUUCAGCAGCAGUAACAGGAUGGAUCCAACAAUGAGCUCCAGCUUCGCGUCGGACCUCAAGAAAUCGUGCCCCAUCCGGGGCGGAAAUCCAAACCUGGUGGAACCGUUUGAUCCAGUGACCCCUUUCGAGUUUGACAACGCGUACUACAAGAAUCUGUUGGCGGGCAGAGGGUUGGUAACCUCGGACCAGGAACUUUACUCGGACAGGCGGACCAGGAAGCUUGUCCGCUUGUUUUCAAAGAAGCGCCAGCGCUUCUUUAAUGCGUUUGCUGACGCCAUGGACAAAAUGGGCAGCAUCGGCGUCAAGACAGGGACGAGCGGGGAAAUCAGAAGGGAUUGUAGCAGGAUCAACUGAACUGUGAAUCGUAUCGUCCGAGACUAGAGUUUCUAUCCUCGUGGAAUGUGGUGUGUAAAGUAAACGGUUGAAAAUUUGUAGUCGUGGUAGACUAAGCGUUGACUUUGGUUGGAGAAAGGAUAAUUCGAUUAAAAGAAUCAAUAUUCUUUUAA